AAACAUCCGGGUCUCUCAGGUUCCUGUCUGGCGACCCGUCGCCAUUAGUGCACGCUCUUUACUACGGACCUCGUUUUUAGGCUAAAAUUCCCAAAUUGGGUUGUUUUCCAACUUCUGGAAGACAUUUAGCGCCUUGUUAGGGGCACGUUGUUUUCCUUAACGAGCAAAAACCCGACAGUCAGAGGGGGUUUUGGCCCCGUUUGGCGAGCUUUCGUCCUCUCCUCUGCCAGGCUUCACGACUUGAGACGCCAUAACCGUGUCUCUUUAUUUUUCUCUGGUUUGUUUUAUGGUCAAGAUGUCGCCGUGAUGGGGUCUCCGCGUUUGACAGAAAUGAAUCAGGGCCUUCGCCGCCUGACCCGCACUCACUGCAACCCGUUAUUGCCCCCCGUUCCCCCGUUUAAUGCUAGAGAGCUCGGCGGCUCUCUGCCAGAAGCUCGGCCCGAACAGCGCUCACUGCACGGAGACAAACAUGGAGAAAAACCCCAGCAGCAGCACCAGCAACAAGGUUCCGCCCCGUUCCAGCUCCACAGGCCCGCCGCCUGGAGACUCUAAGCCCAAAGCAGAAGGUAAAAAUAAUGGGGGCUCUAAGCGCUACAACCGGAAGCGAGAGCCCUCCUUUCCCAAAGCUGAAAAUUUCCCCGGCCCUCGCCGCACCAAUUCACAGAAAAGCAAGAAUUUCGACAAGAGACCUCCUCAGAGAGGCGGAGGACGACAGUAUGGAGUCACGGGCGGAGGACGACGUGAGGAGGUAGCAGAGACCCGCCGGGCCGAGUUUAGCCCGGCUCAGUUUGCUGGACCCAAAAAAAUCAGCCUGAAUCACCUGCUAAAUUUCACCUUCGAGCCUCGCGGAGGCAAUGACGGCGUCGGAGACGGCGGCCACUCCUACUGGGGCCGCAGGAACAAGUGGGGCCACAAGAACAAGCCCUUUAACAAGGAGCUUUUCCUCCAGGCCAACUGCCAGUUUGUGGUGACUGAUGACCAGGACUACAAGGCUCACUUCACUGACCCAGACACUCUGGUCAACUGGGACUGUGUACAGCAAGUGCGCAUCUACAGCCAUGAGAUGCCGUCUUGCCCCAUCUGCCUCUAUCCUCCUGUGGCGGCUCGCAUCACACGGUGCGGACACAUCUUCUGCUGGCCGUGCAUGCUCCACUACUUGUCUCUUAGCGACAAGAGCUGGUCCAAGUGCCCCAUCUGCUACGAGGCCGUGCACACCGCUGACCUGAAGAGUGUGGUUGCCAUGGAAACCAAGCAGUAUGUGGUUGGGGAUGAAAUCACCAUGCGUCUGAUGCGGAGAGAAAAGGGGGCUCUGGUGGCUAUGCCAAGUUCCCAGUGGGUGAAGGUGGAGGAGCCUGUCCGCUUUGGAGAUGCUUCUUUGAGCCAGUAUUCCAAGCUGCUGCUGACGUCCCCGUCGCAGGUCCUGAAUUUGGUAACCGAGGAGAAGGGAAUCCUCCAGGCUCAGCUCAGCCUGGAGGAGGAACCUGAGGGCUGCUUCAUCCAGAGCGCCCUCUGCCUUUUGCAGGAACAAGAGGAAACUCUGCUGAAGCAUCAAGUGGCUAAUGCAGAAACCCCUGACCUGUCCUCACUGAUUCUGAACGAUCCUCCUUCCCCUCUGGAGGAGGUGGUGACCACUACCAUCAGCGCCAAGCCUGUGCUGCAGUACUCCUCAGCGUUUGACGAAGAGGUGGCAGAGUUCCCAGAGGACACAGCUGCAGAGCUGCCAGGCUGUCCCGACGCCAUCCAGGAGAGCGUCCUGGAGGAGCCCCCCGAGGCUGAGCCGGAGCCCCAGCUGGAGGAAGAGAGCCCAGCCAAUCAGGCGGAGUCCGCUCGCCCCUCUGCUGCUGUGGUGCACGGACCGUACUACUAUUUCUACCAAGCUGACGACUGCCAGCAGAUGUUCCUGCAUCCCAUCAACGUGCGCUGCCUACUGCGUGAAUACGGCAGCUUGGAGGCUUGUCCCGACUCCAUCACCGCCACAGUGGUGGAGAUAGUAGGACACACAGUCAAUGAGGAGAUCCGUCGUCGGCAUCGCUAUCUGGCUCACCUGCCGCUCACCUGCGAAUUCAGCAUCUGCGAGUUGGCCCUGCAGCCGCCGAUCCUGUCCAAAGAAACUCUGGACACUUUUGCUGAUGACUUGGAGAAGAGAAGGCGCCUGAGGCAGAAGAAGGCGAGGGAUGAAAAACGCAGGGAGAAGCGCAUUGAAAUGGAGGAGAACAAGAAGCAGGGGAAAUAUCCCGAGGUACAUAUCGGACUGGAGAACCUUCAUCAUUUCCCAGCAUUUGGCUCACCCCCCCACUACAGCAGCCCACCAAUCCAACCCGAUUUUACUUUAGCUCCUCCAUCCCCCCUCAGCACCAGCCCUUCCUCUGAUGGGAUUAGAUUCCCGAGUCUGAGUGUGUCUUCGCCCACUGUGGGUAGCGUGGAGGACGAUUCCCACUGCAUGUCCUUUGCACAGAUGCUGAAAGAUGGGAAAGCCAGAGCUGAUGCUGGGCUCAGGGUCACUCCAAAGAAAGACAAGCUGCUUGCCCCCCCAGCGGCAGACAGCGACGGUGAGAGCGACGGCUCGGAUCGCGUUCCCGUGCCCAGCUUCCAGAAUUCCUUCAGUCAGGCUUUCGAGAAGGCCCUUCUGCAGCUGGACAGCGGUCCCCCUGCCCCGCCACAGCCUGUGGUAGAACCAGAUGAAAAGGGAGGGAAGAAGAAAAAGAGGAAACAGAAACUUCUCUUCAGCACAUCCAUGGUUCACACAAAGUAGAAAAAAAAAAAAGUUAAUUUGAUGAUUUUGUUUCUUUGGAUCUUCCCGCUGCUUGUGUUUUAUUUUCCUCCCCAGACAUGUUGGAAAUCUAAGCUAUGAAAGUAGGACUUACCGAGUAGCCAAAGCUCACAUUACUUCAGAUCCCGUUGCUUUAGUUGUCUUCCCAUCAGUUUCAUUUGCAGUUUGUCUUUUUUUUGUCCAACCGGGACCCAUCACACUGAAAGCUUUCCGGGUAACCCUGCAGUUCCGAUGCAAAGUAAACAAAUCUAACAAGUUGCUGUCUUCUAAUAUUUGUUCGAGCUUUCAGGCUUUUCAUAUCUUCCAAGUACAUAGUUUGACACAGCUUCCAGAGUAUUGCACCUAGGGCGUAUUACUAAUAAUAAUAUAGGCCAGGUCAUGCGGAGGUGCUUCAUACUAGAGUAGCAGUCAGCCAGCUGCAGGUAUGUUGCACCUACACCACAUCAUCCUGGACGCCUGCCUUCCAAACAGUUUUGGAAAAGAUGGAGCUGUUGUAUUUUCUAGCUCUAUUUGUAGUACAAGAAAGAAAACAGUAUUGUUAAUUAAAAUAAUAUAAGUUCUGUUCACUCUAUAAAGCGUCUCUGCUUGUAGAAGGCUGAAACACGCACUUUGUUUUUCCUUCAGUUUGUCCUGCUUCAUUUUCUGAUUGGGAAUGUUUACCCCAACUUUAUCAUUAUCCCCAGUUGAAAUUAGUUUGUGUGUGUCGGAGGUUGUGCGGAGCUGGAGGAUUGCUGAGAUUUGAACUCGUGCUAAAGGUGAAAUGGAUUUUUUUUUUUCUUUGAGGGUUCUUCAAUUCACCUAUAUUUUUGAGCAGGUUUAUGGGGUAGACAGCAUAAUUAGUAUGUUGUAACAAAUAAAGAUUUAUGCACAAUUAUAA